AUGUCUCAGCAUAUUAAAACAGGUCAUCUUCGAUACUUUUAUAAAGGUUUAUUAUCAAAACAAUGGAAAAAUUAUUAUUUUAUAUUGUUUGAUGAUUCAACAUUACAAUGGUAUGAAAAACAAAAUGAUCGAAAACCAGAUGGAUCAAUACGUAUUCGUGAUAUAGCUCAAAAUCUUUGUGUUGGACCAUAUACACGAUAUUUAUCUAAUCGACCAGAACUUACUCGACCAACUGAUGAAGCUAAUCUUAUUGCAUUACCAAGAUCAUCACCUGGACAUGAUGAUCAAGAAAUAAUAUGGAUUCUUUGUAAUGAUGUAACACAUUUAAAUGACUGGAUGAAAGCAAUUAUUUCUACGUUACCUCCUUCACCUCAACAACCAUCAGCACCACCUCAUCCACAACAAAAUACUGCUAUUCGAUCAUCUGCUCAUUCGUCAUCUAAUGUUCCACUACCUUAUCCAAGAUCAACUUCACAUCCUCGACAACAACAACCGAUAUAUCCAAAAAUGCAUGGCAAUCAACAACCAACUUAUCAUUAUACAAAUGUCGUUGUACAACCGUCACCUUCAUAUAGUAGCGGAGGAUAUAGUGGCUAUAAUCGAGGUGGCGGUGGAAGUUCACUAAUUAGUGCAGGAGCCGGUUUUGCUGGCGGAGCAUUACUGGGUGGUGCUCUUGGCUAUGCAUGGGGAGGUGGUUUUGGUGGACAUGAUGGAUGGGGAUAUGGAAUGGGACCUAUUGGACAUCAUAGCGGAUAUGGUGGAUGGGGUUUUGGAGACAAUGAUACCACGGUCAUCAAUAACUACUAUGAUAAUGAUACAAUGAAUAAUUACAAUAAUAGUACAACGAAUAAUAGUUUUUCGACCUAUAAUGAAACAAAUAAUUACAAUGACAAUGAUAAUCAACAAAACGAUGUUCAAUAUGAGACAAAUAAUAAUCAACAGUCAGGAAAUAAUAGUGAUGGAAAUGACAGGGAUGGUGGUCAUGGAGAUUUUGAUGGUGGUGAUCACUUUUGUGAUCAUGGCAGCGAUAACUACGGCGGUGAUGACCAUGAUUACGAUGGUGGCGGCGCUGAUUAUAAUGGCGAUAGCGCUGAUUAUGGUGGUGGUGGUGGCUAUGAUAACGGUGGUGCUGAUUAUAGUGGUGGCGGCAAUGAUUACGGUAGUGGUGGCGGUAAUUACGGCGGCGAUGGCGAUGACUACGGUGGUGGUGGCGAUGUCUACAACGGCGGCGAUGAUUACGGUGAUGGUGGCGAUGAUUUCAGUGGUGGUAGAAAUGAUUACGAUGGUUGUGGCGAUGAUUACAAUAGUGGUGACAACAAUUACGGUGGUGAUGAUUUUGGUGGCGGUGGAGGCGAUUUUCGCGGAAGUGAUUUUGGAAAUGGGGAUUGGUAA